AUGCAGCCUCAGUCUGUUCUCCACAGCGGCUACUUCCACCCGCUGCUUCGGACCUGGCAGGCAGCCGCCACCACGCUCAAUGCCUCCAACUUCAUCUACCCCAUCUUUGUCACGGAUGUUCCUGAUGACGUACAGCCUGUUGCCAGCCUUCCGGGAGUGGCCAGGUAUGGUGUGAACCGGCUGGAAGAGAUGCUGAGGCCCCUGGUGGAAGAGGGCCUGCGCUGCGUCCUGGUCUUUGGUGUCCCCAGUAGAGUUCCCAAGGAUGAGCGGGGCUCUGCAGCGGACGCGGAGGACUCCCCGACCGUGGAGGCAGUUCGUCUGUUGCGCAAGACCUUCCCCAGCCUGCUGGUGGCCUGCGACGUCUGCCUGUGCCCCUACACCUCCCACGGCCACUGUGGGCUUCUGAGCGAGAAUGGGGCUUUCCAGGCCAAGGAGAGCCGCCAGCGGCUGGCAGAGGUGGCUCUGGCCUAUGCCAAGGCAGGAUGUCAGGUGGUAGCCCCGUCGGACAUGAUGGAUGGACGCGUGGAAGCCAUCAAGGAGGCUCUGAUGGCACAUGGAUUUGGCAACAGGGUAUCAGUGAUGAGCUACAGUGCCAAAUUCGCUUCCUGCUUCUAUGGCCCUUUCCGGGACGCGGCCCAGUCAAGCCCAGCUUUUGGAGACCGCCGCUGCUACCAGCUGCCACCGGGAGCGCGAGGCCUGGCGCUCCGGGCAGUGGACCGCGAUGUCCGGGAAGGAGCCGACAUGGUCAUGGUGAAGCCGGGAAUGCCCUACCUGGAUAUUGUGCGGGAGGUGAAGAACAAGCACCCAGAGCUCCCCCUCGCCGUGUACCACGUUUCUGGAGAGUUUGCUAUGCUGUGGCACGGAGCCCAGGCUGGAGCGUUUGACCUCAAGGCCGCUGUUCUGGAGGUCAUGACUGCCUUCCGCAGAGCUGGAUCUUCUGCUGUGAAGACCUCACCCAAGUACCAGAAAGUCUGA